AUGGAGGUCCUUCCCGCGGGCGGGACGCGGGACCCGCUGCGAGCCGAGGAGGAGGAGGAGGAGGCGGCGGCGGCGGCGGCGGCGGGGCACCCGGAGGGCGAGGGCGACGAGGAGCCGCAGCCCCCCGGCCGCACGAGCCGCACGGCGUCCCUAGUGAGCGGGCUGCUCACCGAGCUCUACAGCUGCACCGAGGAGGAGGAGGUGGCGGCAGCCAGCGGGGACCGUGCGUCCCGGGGCCGCCCCCCGCGCCGCGACAGCCUGGAUAGCUCCACCGAGACCUCGGGUUCCGACGUCUUCCUGGGCGGCCGCGGCGUGGGCGACUCCCGGGUGCUGCAGGAGCUGCGGGAGCGGCCGAGCCUGCGGCUGCAGAUGCAGUACCUGCGGCGGAAAGACUCCAGUGAGCUGAAGACCAUCCUUCGAGAGCUGAAGUACAGGAUUGGCAUCCAGUCGGCGAAGUUACUCCGGCAGCUGAAGCAGAAAGACCGGCUUCUGCAUAAGGUUCAGAAGAACUGUGACAUUGUGACGGCCUGCCUGCAGGCUGUGUCGCAGAAGAGAAGUGCUGAGAUUACAGGCCUGUACCACCAUGCCGGGUUUAUAUGGUGCCGAGGACUGACCCUGGCGCUCUGUGAUUUCUCGGAGGCUAAGGCACUACACCGGAUGUGGGGUGAUUUGCUCCCAUGGGCUCGGUUCCGCUCCGCUGACCCUGUGUUCCUUCCCCUCGGUGCAGAAGUGAGUGAGGAACAGAGCCUGAGGUCCAACAACAUUGCGGAGCUGAGCCCGGGAGCCAUCAACUCCUGCCGGAGCGAAUACCACGCGGCGUUCAACAGUAUGAUGAUGGAACGGAUGACCACGGACAUCAACGCCCUGAAGCGGCAGUACUCGCGAAUUAAGAAGAAGCAGCAGCAGCAGGUCCAUCAGGUGUACAUACGGGCAGACAAAGGACCAGUCACCAGCAUCCUUCCGUCUCAGGUAAACAAUUCUCCAGUGAUAAAUCACCUCCUUCUAGGGAAAAAGAUGAAGGCGGCAAACAGAGCGACCAAGAAUGCGGUCAUCCACCUCCCCGGCCAUGCAGGAGGCAAAAUGUCGCCUGUCCCCUACGAAGACCUCAAGACAAAACUCAACUCUCCGUGGCGGACGCACAUCAGAGUCCACAAAAAGAACAUGCCGCGGACCAAGAGUCAUCCGGGCUGUGGGGACACCGUAGGGCUGAUAGAAGAGCAGGGUGAAGGCUGCAGGGCGGGCAGCCUGGGGGCGGCUGAGGAAUUCCCUUCCCCUUGUGCAGGGGCGGCGGCGGUGGGGGCUGCAGCUCAUGGUGAGGGCAGCGGCUGUGACGGCGGCACCCCGAGGACAAUCGAAGGGCAGUCUCCAGAGCCGGUGUUUGGGGACGCUGACGUUGUUGAUGUGGCCGCGGUUCAGGUGAAACUGGAAGCCUUGGAACUGACCCAGAGGGAUGCCCCUGCAGACCCUGAGCCCAAGGCUCACCUCCCCUGCCAGCGGCACGCCCCGGAGGCCGCCUGUGCCGCUGGAGAAAACCAGGCGACCAGCAAACCUCCCCCCGGGAGCAGCUCCAAACCCACCAUCUUCAGCCCCUUCCCUAGCGUGAAGCCGCUUCGAAAGUCAGCCACGGCCAGGAAUUUGGGGCUGUAUGGCCCUACGGAAAGAACCCCAACCAUGCACUUCCCCCAGAUAAGCCGGAGCUUCAGCAAGUCGGGCAUUGGGAGCAGCAGCAGCACGAAGAAGCGAUGA